GCGGGGGCCUGGCGGAGUCCGCCACGGGUGAGAUGGGGGAGGAGGAGGAGGAGGAGGAGCUUGUGUCACGUGUCCAGCUCCGCUCCUGCGCCUCGCUCAUCCGGCAGCAGCAGGAGGCGAAGCGCCGGCGGUGGGCGCGGCAGCGAGCGCGCGGGAUGGCGGCGGGCGGAGACAAAUGGUUGGUGUCAAUGGACCAUCCUUACCUAUAUGAAAACAUUUCCCCAUCAGUGAGAAUAGUAAACUCGGAGUGUGGUUUCAAAACAGCUAAAGUUACCUUAGUUUCAAAGAAGGAGGACUCCUGCGAGGUGCUGGACCUGGCAGAGUACACCAAAAAUCAGCCCUGGUGGCGCAAGCUCUUUGGGCGGAGCUCUGGCUCAAGUGCUGAAAAAUACAAUGUAGCAACUCAGCUGGUGAUUGGAGGAGUCACUGGAUGGUGUACUGGCUUCAUCUUUCAGAAGGUUGGAAAGGUGGCAGCAACAGCAGUUGGUGGUGGCUUUUUCCUACUUCAGAUUGCGAACCACACCGGAUACAUCAAAGUGGACUGGAAGCUAGUAGAGCAGGAUGUGAGCAAAGCCAAGGAGCAGCUGAAAUUUCACAGCAGUGGCAGCAAACUGACCCCCGAAGUUAAAAGCAGGGUUGAUGAGGUGAUAACAUUUCUGAAGAAGAACGUUAUCCUGACUGGAGGGUUUGCUGGGGGAUUCCUGCUUGGAAUGUCUUCAUAGAAACUACACAGAACUGACUACUCUGUCCUUUCUCACCCCCUCCCACUUAGUAAACAGUGGGUUGUGCUGACAGACUCUGCUUCCUCAGGUCCUCCUGGGUUCAAGCCCCCCGCUCCCUGCAACACUGCCGUUAACUUUCCUCCCUUUCCUUUCUCUGUGCCUGAGUUCUGUUGGUGCUGGAAUCAAUCUAGAGGGUCGUGACCCUCAGUGUCUGCUUGUCGAUCUGACUCCCUAUCCCACUCAAAAUGCCUCACUGCAGUUUUCAGGAUCAGUUGCAACCCCAUGAACAGCCUGCAAGAGAGAGAUCUGAGAACAGGCCCACUGCUGUGCUGCACAAGACUGACCGAUAUAAACUCUCCUCUUCCAGUGCACACAAGGUUCGUCAAGCUCCUAGUUGACUUGUAUUCUCUCUUCUCCGGUAAUAGGAAAGCCCAUACUUCCUCCAGGAAAAUGGUAUUUUCAUGGCUAUCAAUGGAUGGAGGCAGAACUGUCAGAGGCUGUCUUAGAACAUGCUCAGAAAUGGACACAGGUGUUUGGGGAAACAACUAAUUCUGCAGUGGGUGGUGGCAGAGUGAGUACAUGGCAGAAAUACUGUUGUAGAUCUGUUCUUCUGCCUUCACUCCUCCCUAGACUCUUGCCAUUAUGUUACACGCAGAUGAUCACUUAUCCGUGUUAUUUAUAUAUCCCCUUAAUGGAAUUGUAGCAUUGGCACUGGUAAUAGAAAUUGUGAGUGUUGCAUGUCACUAUCCCAGAUCCUUUCUUAUCAUACGUUUUGAAAGUCAUUGGGCAUCCCACCAUUUAGAAGGUAUUCUCCUCUCUCACUCUCUAGCUGGUGUCUCAGCCAGUGAACUUUAAAAUGCACUGAGGCUGUAUGUGUGGCAGAAAGGGUGCCUGAAAUGUCUGUGCAUAUGACUGAAACCUGCACUACCAGCCCAUCCAGUCCGGGAUGCAUUUCCAUAGUGACAAUAACUGUAACUUAUCCCUGGCAUCGUACCAGCAUUUCUGAUACCAAAGCCUUUCUCUGGCUAGUAUGGAAUUUGCAGCUACCUGUAGGUAUCUGGUGCACAUGGGGCAGGCUUUCUGGAAAGUAGUGCCCUGGGCAGAUGGAAGUGGGUGGGUUUCUUCUCUGUGUAGUACAACCUGGAAUAUGGUAUCCUGGAGCAGGAUUCCAGUUUGAGUGCAGACAGCAGCUGUUCGGGAUUCACAGUUUACUUUGAAUCCUGAAAGCCAUUUCUCUCCCUUUGCAGAGCAGAUUCCAUCUGUCCUCAGCGAAAGGCUGAAUCUUCCAGGCAAUCCCCCAUCCAGCUGCACCUUAAAAACUCUGGUGAUUACCUUCCUGUCUGUCAUAUGAGCCUUUACUGGGCAGUAGGUGACACAUGCUCUUAUAAUCAUGAGAUCCUGUGUUUAAAGAGCUACUGGGCAUGUAAGGGGAGCCAUUCUCAUGCAAUUCCUUCUCCAAACAGAAACUGGCACUUUAGUGCCAUAGACAAAGGAGCAGGCAUCCCAGAACAGCUCAGUCUGCCUGCCCCUCCCUGCAAAAAAUGAUAGCAUGCUUACCAUCUUAUCUCUUUGGAAGCUAGACAGUGGGUGAUGGGAAAUGGAAGAGCACGCUCUAUGCUGCUGUCAAUCUGGGUUAACUCUUUCCCCUUCCUCAGCUCCAUUGACUUCUCCGAUUCAUGCAAAAACAAGCAUGUGUGUCCAGUUGUCCUGAAGUUUAUUUAAUUCCUGCACCUGCAUACCCAUCACUGGGCUAUAACAUGGAGAUGGGUUUUGCUUAGCUUGGAAAGGCAGGUUAACUGUUACCCAAUCCUUCAAGAAAAAUGUAAAAAUAACCGAGAUCAAUUCAGUAUUGCCUAGUACUGGGCUUUGCUGAUCUCCCUGCUCAGAUGUAGUUUGGAGAGGAAGGAGCUCUAGCUGGUGAUAAGCACAUUCUUGCUGAAGGUUGGUUCUGUUCCCUUCUGAAAUCAUGCCCUAGAAUUGUGUUGAACUCCAGGAGCUAGUUGUGUGCAUGGCUGAACACUGUUCAAAUGUAGUGUCCAUGGCACAAGGAUGCAUUUUAUUGUGCUACAGUAAUUCCAUGUUUACAGUAUUUCGCGCUUGACCUGACUGGAAGCAAGGGAUGUCCCCAAAAGAAUGCAAGGAGCCCUGAGUACUGGUCCUGUUAGAGCUGUGGCAGCUUGGCAACUGCAGCUGUUUUCAGGAGAGCCCCUGACAUUUCAUCUGUGUUAACUUUAUUUUGUCCUUAGUCUGUCCCCUAACAUACAGAGUUUAGAAAGUUGGUCACAUCACUUCAGCUUUUCUUUUCUCUCUGAUCCCAUAGGUAGACAGUAGAAUACGCCUUUACACAGUCAGAAUCUUUGCUGUCUUGCAUUCUCUGGCUGUCUACAGCAGGGCAGGAGAAAUUGGGCUUAUAGCUUGUCUAAUGAUAUACAGUCAAGUCCUACAGGAAUUGUGCAGUGAUGUAGGUGCAUGAUAACUGUUGGUUAGGGAGUGGGGCGGCUAGCUGCUGUGUAGGAAGAAAUUCUGUACAGUGGAAUGAUCUUGAUUUUAUAAGAACAUAUCUUGCUGGAACUCUCCUGUUCCAAUAGGAAAAUAGUGUACCUACACCUCUGCCUGGUGUACUAGCUAACAAAGCUUUUUAUUCAGACUUCACUCUUCCAGCCUCCCUCCAAAGACAAUGCUGAGUGGAAAUGGUCCUCCUGCUUUUCCCUUGGGAGCGACAGUUUUGGGAUAACAGCUGUAACUUGACCAACUUUCGCCUGGUACCUCUCUCUCCCAUUAGCCUGAUAAUCUGCUGGAAAUUUAGCAGUGAGUUCUGCUCAUGUGGGUAUAAAAACUUGCCACGGUCUCUUGACUUCAGUGUCCUCCUUUCCAGCUGCCGUUAUAUUCCUUUUGAUGCACGGAGAGACUACUGUACAUGCAAAGGCACUGCUGGUGCUAUCUUGCUGUACCCUGAGAAGCAAGCAACUUGCCACCAGACCUCAGGGUUGUUCCUACAACUUCCUGCUAACCAAUGCCAGUUAAUCAGCCCAAAUCCUGGGCAUAAGGCUCAUUAGUCUAACAAGGAAUAUAUUGGGAGUCCACUCUGACCCUGAGAUAUUUAAAAAUAGCUGCUAUUUGGAAUAUUAUAAAUGGGUGCCAUGGAGCUAAGCAACUGCAAGGAGCUAAAACUUUACUUCUCAAAGCUGUUGCUGGAAGGGUGAUCGUGAUCAAACAAGCAGUUUAAGUACAGCCACAGUAGUUUCUGAUAUGAAGACAUAGAGGGAAAGCAUGGGGCAUCCAUGUGUUAUUACCACCAAAAGUGUAAAACUGCCAAACUGGAGCUUCCUUAGUACCUCUCAUGAAAUUCUGUAUGCAGCUAAGAUAGUUUGUCAUGGCAAAUGUGAUUUUUGUACAUAGCAUGGAAAUCAAAUACAAUUUUUGGUCAUGUCAUGGGUGCCAAGAUGAAAUCUUAAUCCCCCUUCUGUUUUGUUUCAACAAUCUCUAGCACCCAUGCCAAGAAGUUGUGGUUUUAAAAAUACACUAGGCUUUUAAGAUAUUUUUGUACUAUCUAUGUAGAUGCUUGUUGAAGUGAUAUAUUAUUAAACUGUUGCUCUAGUUGCA